AUGAUUCCUCCCCAUUGUUGGGUUGCUCGACUUAUGACAGAUGUACCAUUCGGUGUUCUUUUGUCCAGAGGAUUGGACUCAUCACUCGUUGAUGCUGUGGCUGGUCGCUAUUUGGCUAAAUCAGAAGCUGCAUGUCAGUGGGGGUCACAAUUACAUACCUUUUGCGUUGGCUUGGAGGGUUCACCAGAUUUAAAAGCAGCAAGAGAAGUUGCUGAUUAUCUUGGAACUCAUCAUCACGAGUUUCACUUUACUAUUCAGGAAGGCAUAGAUGCACUUGAAGAAGUUAUCUACCAUAUUGAGACAUAUGAUGUGACCACUGUCAGAGCCAGCACUCCAAUGUUUCUUAUGUCUCGUACGAUUAAAUCUCUGGAAGUAAAAAUGGUCCUUUCUGGUGAAGUUUCAGAUGAAAUCUUUGGUGGUUACUUGUAUUUCCACAAGGCACCAAACAAGGAGGAGUUUCACCAAGAAACAUGCCAGAAGAUUAAAGCUCUUCAUCUGUACGAUUAUCUGAGGGCCAACAAAUCGACUUCAGCUUGGGUGUUGAGGCUCGAGUACCGUUUCUUGACAAAGAAUUCAUCAAGACUGCUAUGGACAUUGAUCCAGAAUGGAAAAUGGUGUCAUACAUAUCCUGAUAUGCCUAAUCGAAUGGAUGGUGUAUGGUAUGCUUAG